AUGGGGUAUCAUGUUGAUUCAGCAUUCCUACCAGUUCUAUUCUCCUUUGGAGAUGAGCCUCAUCUUGCCGAGAGCGGUGCAAUCAACGUCGCUACAGAAAGCUUGGGAGCAUACGCCCUAGAUGCAAAGAACCAAUAUACGGUCACAGAAACAAAUAAAGGAAUGGAGAUUGUCACGAGAAAGACCAACUUUCUCACAGAAAAGACAGCAGAAUUCGCCGAGAAAUCGACAAUGGACAACACGGUGAUCAAAUGGAUCACUAUCGUAUCCCUCUUCUAUCUUCCGGGUAGCUUUGUGACUGUUAUGGAGUGGUCGUUCUUCUGGUCCAGCCGCCUGAACGAAGAUGGCAUUGGUUAA